AUGUCUCUCAGCCCCGGCUUAAACGUGUCGCUGGCCGGCGCGAUCGCCGCUUUCGGCGUCGAUCUCCUCGUCCACCCAGUCGACACACUCAUCACCCGCACCCAGUCGCCCGCCUACAAGACGCACUACAAGACCGCCAAUGGAUCCUUCAACCGCGCCCUCUUCCAGGGGCUCUACCAGGGCUUCGGCCCGACGCUCGUCACCGGCAUGCCGGCCGCCGCCGCCUUCUUCACCAUCUACGAGGGCCUCAAGAAGGCCGCCCACGACGCCCGGGUCGCGGGGCACCUCCAGGGCGUGCCCCUCCCCGUGCUCCACGGCGCCAGCAGCGCCGCCGCCGACCUCGUCGCCUGCGCCAUCAUCAACCCGGCCGAGGUCAUCAAGCAGAACGCGCAGGUGUACCAGCAGAGCGAGGGGCCGUCGGAGCACCGCCGGUCGCCUACGGUGACGAUGCUGAGGAAGUUUGCGAAGCAGCCCACGAGGCUGUGGGCCGGCUACACGACGCUGGCGGCUAGCAGCAUCCCCGGGACGUGUCUCAUGUUUCUUCUCUACGAGGAGCUGGCGGCCAGGCUGCUCCGGAAGCUGGAUCGCAAGGACGGCCAAGGGGAGAGUAGAAGCCUCUUGCAGCAGGUCCAGAUCCACACACUGAGCGCGGGCGUCGCUGGCGCCUGCUCUUCCCUCCUCUUCGUCCCGGUCGACGUCGUGAAGACGAGGAUGAGGCUCGCGGCGGGGAGCCAGAAGCCGGCCCCGCGCAAGUUCUUCACUGCAGCCGGGAUCCACGGCAGCGUCGCGAAGAACCUCGAGCAGCUCCAGCACCCGGGCGCCCAAGGCCCCCUGCGUGUGGCACAAGGUGUCUUCCGCGCUGAGGGGCUUCGUGGCUUGUUCCGAGGCGGUACUUUGACCUGCGUGGCCGCCGGUGUCGGGGGCGGGCUGGGUCUUGGGUGCUACGAGGGCUUCAAACAGUAUUUUCAGCAAUCUACAGAGACACAAGACGAGGUGUUUCUCUAGACCGGGCCUCUGAACCGAGUGCCUGUGACUUACUUGGGCUGAUGCUCACUUCGGCCCAGAGCAAAGCUCGCUCGACACGCGGAUUACACGGUUCAGAAAGCUUCUGCCAAAACUCGCAGGCCAAUUUGCGAGAGAGAUUAUGAGUCCCCGACGUGAAAGAAAGAAGAAAAAAAAGGACCGAGCAAACGUGUCAAAUCUCACAUCAUCUAGCUGCUGCCGUUUUCUAACCCAGCGACACCGGCGCCCCCAACUCCCAACUCUAAUGUAAUUAAAUUAAAUAGAUACCUCUCAUAAUGAAACCAG